CUUCACCAUGAGUGUGACACUGCAACCCAACAUGUCUCAGGAAAUGGACAUUGUGGAGUCCCAUGCUUCUCACACUAGUGAGACAGAGGCCCCAAGUGUGCCGAAUUGUGCCAAACAUAAUGAAAGACCCCCACCGGUCCAAUCCGUUGCUGACUGGAAGAUCAUCCUACACCUGCCGGAAAUAGACACGUGGAUUCGAAGCACAUCUGAGCGAGUGAGGGGUCUCACACAGUCAGUGCAGGAGGACCCCCAAAGUAGGCAUGUGGAUGUGCAUCUAAUGCAACUCAAGGAGAUUUGUGAGGAUAUCUCAGACCAUGUGGAACAGAUCCAUGCUCUGCUGGACACAGAGUUCUCCCUGAAGCUCCUCUCGUACUCGGUCAAUGUGAUUGUCGAUAUCCACACAGUGCAGCUUCUCUGGCACCAGCUACGGGUUUCUGUACUUGUAUUGAGGGAGAGGAUUCUCCAGGGGUUGCAAGACAGCAACGGCAACUACACUCGUCAGACUGAUAUCCUGCAGGCAUUCACCAAAGAGAACCAGGAGGACAGGCUAGAUGCUCUAACAGAGGUGGAUGGCUCUGGGCAGCUGACCAUUCGAUGUCCCUCAGACUACCUCUCCCUAGACUGUGGGAUCACAGCCUACGAAUUAUCAGACUAUAGUCCCAGGGACGAGGAAGAGGUCCACACCAUCUCUGCCAAACCUCUGGAGGCCUGGACAUAUAACGCAAUGCAGCAGGAAUUUCCAGAUUUGGUUAGGGGCUCCGGACUACUUAGUGUUGUCUCGGAUGGUGAGCAACAGAGCAGUGAACAGGAGAAUAAGCUAGCCUCGUCACAAAUGGAAGAAGCAGAACAUCCUCCACUCAAGUCCUUGCCUCUUACUGAAGGUAGCACUCCAAAAAGACCUCUGCAGGAGACCAACGAUCAUGGUGGAGACUCGCCUACCCGCCCCUCUCUCCCCAAGAGGGGUCUGUUUUUGAACAAAGAAGAAGAUUGGGAGCAGUCAGGUGCAAUAGAAACAUCUGUGAAAAUUGUCUCACCUUCUUCAUCUCUUCCUUCAUCUUCACCUGCUCCCUACAACCACCUUGCUCUGAGCCUGUCACCCACAUGUUCUCCUGUCGGCCCUUCAUUUCACACAAAUAGAUUGCAGGUAGAGGAGGAGAGAGCACAAGAUAUGCUGGACACUAAACAGAUGGACAGCCAGACACACCAGUGCAUAAAUGGCAAUGAUUCCUCUAGUGACUCCAAUCUGUCAGGAUGCAGCACUCCCAAGGAGAGCCAGACAGACACACAACAUCACAGAGCAUCAGAUUCACCACCACAAGAGCUAGGAACAAGCAGCUGGUAUGGCUCUGAUGAGUUCCUGGCUCUUCCCUCACACUUGCAUGAAGCAGAUCUUCUUGCCCUGCAUCUAGGUAGCCUCUCACAGUUGGUAUCUCCUACCCCUGAAGAGUUACAGCCAGCCCUUAGAGAUGUUGAGGACUGGGAGAUCAGCUCAGGGUCAGAAGUAGGGGCCGGUUCACCCCGAUGCUUCUCUCCCAGUACCCCUAGCGAUUUGGCUUUGCAUGCAAAUGGAAGUGGUCGAUCGACCCCAUGUCUCAGUAGGCCAUUGUGUGGUGUACGGCAGAAGAGAGCAGCGCUCGUACAAAGACUCAUGUGGGAUAUACAGAGACAGGACAAUGAUCGCCAUGUGUGGGAGAGAAUCCAGGGUUUUGUAUCCAAGCUUGACCGAUUCAUUCGCUGGUUACAAGAUGCUAUGGAAGCCACCGAGAACUGGACGCCUCCCCAGCCCGAGACGGAGGCGCUGCAGCAGUACCUGCACACUCACUUGAACUUUAAGCAGAGCGUGGAUGAUCACUGUGCUCUUAAGGACAAGGUAUUGGAAGAGGGACACAGGCUGAUGGAAGUGCUAGUGUCACACAGACCAGGCUUUCUGGAGAUGUUGGAGAUGAUCACGUCUCAAUGGAAAGAGCUACAGAAACAGAUACGGAGGCAGCACGGCUGGAUUAUGAGUUCUCUGGACACCAUCAAGGCAGAUAUUCUGCAGGCAGAUGGAGAUGUCGAGGAAGAGUCCAAAACACAGAAUGGACCACAGAGCUCAAUAGAAGCCAAGAGAGAUGCUGUAUCGCAGAUGUCACUGCAGCUGAACAGUACUGAUUAUUCUCCGAGUCCUCCAAGUGGUUCUACCCAAAAGCCCUUAGAGCUCAGCCUGAGGAGUGACAGCAUGCAAGAGAUGGAGGCAGAAUGUGAGGAGUUCUGGGACUGGUUGCUAGACAUGGAGGCCACUGUGAAGAACAGCCUUGGGCUGCUGGUAUCUGAGGAUCAGCAUCUGCAGAUGUGCAAGAGAUGCAGCGUGGAAAUGUCCCUGAGAGAAGACAGAGUCAGAGCUCUUCUAUGUCAGCUGGCAUCACUGAAGAAAGAGGGAACCCCACUCCCUGACAGUGUCUUGAACAGAGAAGGCUUGAUCCGUGAUAAAUGGGACAUGCUAAAGAAGUCGAUUGCUGAAGCACUGUCCACCAGCUCGCCCCAGCCUGUGCUUUCUCCUGGGAGUGGAAGUUUGGUUCAGCAGUUGGAACAACGAGUAAAGGAACUCAAAUCGUGGCUGAGAGACACAGAACUCACCUUGUAUAACUCAAGCUUGAGAGUUGACGAGGAAGGUGAUGGAAGGUCAAAGGAAAGACUCCAGAAAGAGCUGCAAAGAUUUCAGUCCCUCUGCUCUGAGCUCAGGCUGCGUCAGCGUGGAGUGGCGUCUGUCCUGCGUCUGUGUCGCCAUCUACUUAGCCUCCAGGAGCAGUCUUUACAGCAGGACCCUCCUAGCUUGCAGCUGUUGAGCGUCAACCUAGAGAGAAGGUGGGAAGCCAUAGUGAUGCAGAGUACACAGUGGCAAAGACGCCUGCAGAGGGAGCUCAGAGAUGGACAGGAGCUGGAUGUUUUAGUGGACCCAGACUGGGCAGAUUUGAGCAGUGCUGGGAUAGAGGAGGCUCUGGAGUGGGACGAGACAGACAUUACAGCGGAAGCUGUCUGUGAUAAUCAGGAACCUGAAUGUGUUGUUACAGAUACUUAUAUGGCAGAUGAGGAACAUCACCCAGGUCAGCCAGUGUCAGGAGUCUCCAGACAUUCGACUAACUCCCAGACUCAGGUGUAUCAAGUCUACAGCUUACACAACAUGGAACUUUUCAGAACAGACUUGGAUUCCUCACUAAGAAAAGAUCCAAAGUUGGGGCCCGUAUCACAAUUUUCCCUUCUCCAGGGAAAUACUUUUUCAUCAUUGCCAGAUUUAGCAAACAAAUGUCACCAAACAUACCAACCCCCCAAAAUUCAGGGGGGUUCCAGUGGCCAUUCAGAGUGUGAAAGUGGCAUUGCAAGUGGAGGAGAAGGAGUAACUGCUGCCAAUUCAGAGGGAUGCUUAUCUAUGGAUGGAGAAGGAAGUCAAGGUUGCCAAGCAUUGGUUGAGGACACUGGACAAAAAGACUGUAUAGAUAUUGAACUGUUAACAUAUUCCAGAUCAAAGCAUCAAGGUCCACGUACAUUAAAUGACUGUUCCCUUUUACAGACAAAUUGGCUCGAACCAAUCAUUCUUGGAGGAACACAGAGGUCGAUUCCUGGGUUAUGUUUUUCAAGAAAACCUGGCCAAGUUGGUACCAAUAGGACUAUGCUUGCUGUUAGCUCUGAAGACCACAGCCCAGAAGACAACACUGAGCUAAUUGAAGUGUUAAGCUCUCAGAAUUCUCCCCAUAACUCUUCUUUGGAAUCACUCUCAGUGACUGGUGAAGGGUUGGAGUCUGAGCCUGUGACACUCAGACGUAGUGUGUCUCUCGAGAGUUGGCCAGCCUCUUACAAAAGCAACGAGGACUUGUUCAGUCAGCAGGGUUCUGCUGAUAUUACCCCAGGCAGUGAGCAUAGUGAAGAGCUGAGCAAGCGAACAUUGGACUUACUGAAGAGACUUGAAGACAUUGAAUGCCCAUCUGAGCAGAAGAUGAAACGCAGUCUCUCUGAUGAUAUUACACUGCGAAGUGGCCCUCAUGAGGCAUCCCUUAAUGGUCUCCGUUCUCCUCCAGAUAGGGUAUCAUCAGGAAAUGAAGAUCUUGGAUCUGAACUGACAGAAUUGAGCAGCAGCGAGGAACUAUCCCUUAAGUCUGAAGAUCUUGCUAUGCUUAAAGGCCGUCUGAUGGAAUCCAAUGCCAGUUUUCGCAAACACCUGAGCAGAUCUCUAGGAGGGGAGGAAGGGGAGGCUAAUCUCAGUAUGAUUGUUAAUGUUUCGUGCACUUCAGCUUGUACUGAUGAGGAAGAUGAUAGUGACCUUCUGUCAAGCUCCACACUCACCUUAACUGAAGAGGAGGAAGAAGAAGAGGAGGAGGAAGAGCUUGAAGAGUUAAAUACAAGCGUGGGCAGUGAAGAUGAGGCAGGAGAUGGCACAGGACUUCCCUUAGGGUCUGACUUUAUCAGACGUGAGCUGCAAGCCUGGAUAAGACCAACCUUCCUGCUCCCAAGAGAGAGGAGAAAAAUGAAUAGGGUGGUACAGGACAUGUCAGGAGCACCAACGAUUGAUAAAAUAUGGCAGAGCUCUCUGCACAGAGGACGAGAAACCAAUGGAAAUGUAAAAGAUGCCAAAGAAAAAGAUAGAAGUAAGAUUUUGAUUCAAAAAGAAGAGAAAAUACUGUCUAACUCAAAACAGCUGGCAGAUGAUAUGGAAAAUGGAAACAUUCACAACAGGCCAAGUUCCAUUAAGGAUACCAUUAGAACAGAAAGCCAUUCUGGAGUAAAGAAAAAGCCUGCUCUUUACCCAUCAGUAUCAAUAACCAAGACAGAGAAGCUUCAUCCUCCGAGCAUGCCUGCCUUGGCAUAUCACAAACCUCGGGAACUUGGACCCUCUUCUAAUCGGAAAAGCAACCUGCGAGUGACACGUGAUGCUGUUGCAGAUAUAGAAAUGCCAGACAAUAAUUGUAUACCAUCAGAGAACAAUCAAAAGGUGCCAUGUGGGAAAGUAACAGAGAACACCCCUGAAUCUUCUUGUUCAUGCCACGGCUCUACCCGUGAGAGCUCUGACAGCCCAGAUUGCAAUGUACAUGAGUUUGUGAAGGAAAUUUUAGACAUGGCGUCAACUGCACUACAUGGGUCACCCCCAAAGGAUGGGCCAAGUAAUGGCACUGGAGCACAAAUCAGAGAGAAAGUUCUAGAAUACUCCCGCAGGCAGUUGGAAAGGGGUGACUUUUACUCUUACCUUUCACUCUCAUCUCAUGACAGUGACUGUGGAGAGCUAAAUGGAUCUGUCAGAGCUACAACUCCUCAGAUGCCAGUUGAAGAUAGCAUAGAUGGAGAUAUUGAGGGUAUGUUUGAAGCCUGUGCAGAGGACAAGGAGAAGACGGGUGAUCUAAAAGCUUCCUCCAUUGUGUCAUCACCACUGGCAGCUGCAGUGUCUUUAAAAACUGCCCCUUCUUCUGCUGGGUUAAAGAUUCCACGGAACAGAACCACAAACUCAGGGCAACACAACGCAACAAGGCCAUCUGUCAGAAAGUUCCAGGGCCACCCAGAAGUUAGUUCUAAAUGUGGCAGCAGUAAAUUGUCCAGCAAAAUCCUCCCUGCUACUAGAGAGUUGUGCCCAGAAUCUCAAGGAAAGACUUCAGUCAAGCCACCAACCUCCAGCCUUCCCAUUCUGCACAAGAGAGUCCAUGAACAGAGGCCUGGAAUGGCAAGUAACUCCUCAAUAGGCACAGGUCACUUCAAGAAGCCAUCCCAUGGACCCAAAAGCCACAAGGACCUGUGAUCAACCCAUAAAUUAGCAUACCUCCUUUGCAGGAGUGAAGAUGGCAGCAUUGUAUAUUCUGCCCAUCUGUCUUUGUUUUCUUCUCACACAGCGUUUGGGGGUCUAACGCCAUUCGAAUUCUGGAAAACUAUGAUCUGAUAGACCUUCAGGUUUACAAGCGUAAACACAGGGUAUAGUCCUGCCUGGCAGUAUAACUCUUCUUGGUAAAGAGUAGCUGACCUCUAUGGAACAACAAGAAUUCUCAGUUCCUGCUGGGGAACAUGGCUCAGACACAGCAAUGCUUGUAUCACUUAUUUUUUUUUGUUGAUCCAGGGCUAGCUGCAGACAAGCUUGGCACUAGGAGAGGUGCUAGGGAUAGGGAUACAAAGAUCCCAACACACCAAAAGGAAUCAGGGGUGAAUAUGAGGAAUGAGAGACAGACCCUGGGGAAAUAGAGGCUCCAGAGGUAAAUGUAAGAAAUGUGUACGUCGAAGUAGCAAUGGAAAGCUCACAGUUGAGUUUUUGAAAAUGUUUAGGUAAGGCUGUAGAAAGGGAAAGUUUAGUGGUUCUGAAACCUGUCUUUUUUUCAUAAGAUGUCCUUCCACAAGCCAAGCUGAGACAUAGCUAAAUACAGCAAGGAUAUCUCGAACUUCUAGAUGUUUUGCACUUGGCGACAGGUCGAAGAAACCUUAGUUAGAAUACGAGAGUGUUUUCUGGGAGGUGUGAUCACGUUAGAUGAGAGGAAGAGGAAAAUGUGGAGAUGGCGGGAUGUUGGUGGGGACCUUUAACUGGACAGUGCUCGUUGCAUUCGCUUGAUGAACCCCCGUCUAUGCUGGAGAGGACAUUCGUUGUUUUACUGUGUGAAGUGGAUUCCUCCAGGUCAUGGACCACUAAAUUACCACCUAGCUAACUGUUGUAUGUUUGAAAUACAAGAAAUUGUUUUGA